UGUUUCAUGCGUUUAAUGGCCGACGUUAAUAAACAGCUAAUUUUGGCAUUUGCUGGAUCCAUUGGUAUGACAUUUAUUAUACUUAGCUGCGCGUUACCGACAUAUAAAGUAUGGUGGCCAUUUUUUGUAAUAUUAUUCUAUAUACUGGCUCCAAUUCCAACUCUAAUUGCACGUCGCUACAGAGAUAACGGAAGUACUACUAAUCCAUGUUUGGAAUUAGCGGUAUUCAUUACUAUGGGGUUCGUUGUGUCGUCUUUUGCUCUUCCUAUCGUAUUAGCACGAUCGCCAGCUAAUAAUCCAGUGAUACAAUGGGGCGCUUGCUAUUUGACUUUAGCAGGUAAUGUUGUUAUGUAUCUAACUCUAUUCGGAGUUUUUGUAACUUUUGUUCAGGAAGACAUCGAUUACUCUCCAUGGUGAAAUGUACUUUGUUGUACUUAUUCAUUAAUUUUACAUGGUUUUUUUACAAGACAAAAGGAAGGAUGUAAAUCAUCUACUACAGUGACUGACAGUUAUCGAUUAAUUCUAAGUCAUCGUAAAAUUUAUAGUAUACUAUUUAUAUGAUAUGAAUAUUAUUAUAAGCUGUCUAUAUUAUAGUCAAUAUUAAUGCUAUCGUGCGGCGAUUAAAGUUUAAAUUUUUAACAGCAUACAUUUUCUUACAAAUUUCUAUGGAUAAAAUUAAAAGCACAAAUAUAGUAAAGUGUUGAAAAUUUGACAUACUACUUUUUAUUAAAU